AUUAUUCCACGCUCGAAUUCUUUGAGCGAUUGGAUCUCCCCCCCUUAUUUCCAUCUUAUUCUGCGCGAAUUGUUCCCGCCCUACCCGUUUGGUAGGAUAUCGCUGCAACAAUGGCCGGGAGCCAGAAAAAAUCUACGAAGAAGUUCGAAAAGAAACAUCUUAAGGAUGUCCUUGAACGACGAAAAGCCGCCGCAAAGAUCAAGCAGCGAAACCAUCUGAAGGAGAAAAGGAAGGCAGACAGCGCUAAGCUUCGAUCGGGAAACGAGGAUGUGUCUGAGGAGAACUCAGAGCAGGAGAAGAAGCAGAAUACCUUCGCGGAAAUGAAUGUCGAUGACUUUUUUUCGGGUGGUUUCGAUAUUGCAGAUGCUGCGGCAGAGAAGAGUAACAAGGCCAAGAAGAAGAAUGUCACCCCAAAGAUAGGCAAGCGCAAGCGAUCGGACCCCCAGGAAGAUGAAGAUGAGUCCUCUGCGGCUUCGAGCGGCGGAGAGGAGGACGGCGUGCAGUCUGCCGAUGAAGAAGACGCGGAUUCUCAGGCCAGCGAUCUUGAUGCAUUUGAGGCGCAUAAGGAUCAACUUGAAGCAUUGAAACAAAAAGAUCCGGAGUUCUAUAAAUACCUGAAGGAAAACGAUGCGGAGUUACUCGAUUUCGGCGAUCUUGCAGAAGUCGAUGAAUUGAGUGAGGCAGAGGCAGAAGAAGAACCAGCUAAAAAGAAAAAGAAGAAGGCAGCUAAGGAGGAAGAGGAGGAGGAGGAGGAGGAGGAGGAGGCAACCAACAUGCUGACUGUUGCGAUGGUGAAGAAAUGGCAGAAACUGAUGGAGGAUCAGAACUCUAUCCGGGCUAUGCGACAAAUUGUUCUUGCUUUCCGCGCCGCAGCCUACCUCAAUGAUGCAGAUGUCCAGGAGCAGAAAUACUCUAUCUCAGACUCCAACGUUUACCACCAGGUUCUUGUCACAGCCCUAGGAAAUGUUCCUAGAGUGCUCUCACAUCAUCUCCCUGUCAAGCAGACUGCCUCGGGCAAGGUCAAGCUGUCUCUGGACUCUAAGAAGUUCAAGACGCUCACCCCCCUCAUCAAGUCCCACACCUCCUCAGUCCAUCAAUUGCUCGUGAACUUGUCCGACGAACAGACUCUGAAACUUACCCUCUCGUCCAUCGAACCCAUGUUGCCCUACCUGUUGCAAUUCAGAAAGCUCCUAAAGGUUCUGAUCAAAACCGUUGUUGGCAUCUGGGCAGACGUAUCAACCACCGAAGCAACCCGUAUUGUUGCUUUCCUUCUCCUGCGCCGUCUUAUGGUCAUCGGAGAUGCUGGUCUGAAGGAAGCUGUUCUUAAGGCUUCGUAUGAAGGAGUCGUCAAGGGUAGCCGCAACACAACCGUCCACACCCUCUCCGGUGUGAAUUUGAUGAAGAACUCGGCCGCUGAGCUUUGGGGCAUUGACCAGAAUGUCUCCUACACCGCUGGCUUCAACUUCAUCCGCCAACUGGCCAUGCACCUGCGAAGCAGCAUCACCAACACCUCUAAGGAAUCAUACAAAACUAUUUACAACUGGCAAUACGUGCACUCGCUGGAUUUCUGGUCCCGCGUCCUAUCCCAACACUGUGACGGCCUCGUCGAAGCCAAAGUUGGCAAACAGUCCGCUCUCCGGCCACUCAUCUACCCUGUGGUCCAGAUCACCAUCGGCGCCAUGCGCCUCAUCCCCACAGCGCAGUACUUCCCGCUGCGCUUCCAACUCACCCGCUCGCUUCUGCGCGUCUCCCGCGCCACAGGCACCUAUAUCCCUCUCGCGUCUGCCCUCCUCGAAGUCCUCAACUCGUCGGAGAUGCGCAAGGCCCCCAAAUCAAGCACCCUCAAGCCCCUCGAUUUCAACACCGCCAUACGCGCCCCGAAAUCCUACCUCCGCUCGCGCGUCUACCAAGACGGCGUCGGCGAGCAGGUCGCCGAACUGCUCUCGGAGUUCUUUGUCCUGUGGACAAAACACAUUGCGUUCCCUGAACUCUCUGUCCCCGUCGUGGUCUCGCUAAAGCGGUGGUUGAAGCAAGUGAGCUCGCGCAGCGGUGGCAACAAAAACACAAAGAUCAAUCAGAUGAUUCUCCUGCUCGUGCAGAAGGUGGAGACCAACGCUCGCUGGAUCGAGGAGCGCAGGCUGAGUGUUUCGUAUGCGCCCCGGAAUCGCACAGAGGUGGAAACUUUCCUGAAGGAUGUGGAUUGGGAGACAACGCCGUUUGGGGCCUUUGUGAAGUCCCAGAGGAAGCUGAGAGAGGAGAAAGCUGCGAUUUUGGAGCAGGGACGACGGGAGGAGGAGAAACGUAGAGCGGAGGAGAAGGAGGGUGAUGAGGAUAUGUUAAUGGAUGAUGUGGCUAGUGAGAACGAUAUCAGUGAAGAGGAUGAGGAAGAGGAAGAGGACGAAGGCAGUGAUGAAGAGGGUUCGUCCGAGGAGGAAGAGGAGGAAGAGGAAGAAGAGGAGAUGGAGGAGGAGGAGGACUAAGCUGUCUAUUGUUGUUAGAACGGCACUGGAUGUCUCCGUUUAUCCUGGAUUAUUGUCAUUGUACCUAUUUGAAUCAUGCAUGUCAUUCCAUCCACCUUGAUGUUGCGCAAAAGUUAGAAGAAAUAAUAC